AUGGGCAAACCAGACAAGACUCUAGGAAAUAGAUUGACCAACAACUGGAACAAGAUGGUAUCUACGCUCCAAAAUGUCAAGGCAACAAUGGGCUGGCGGAAACACCAUCUCCUAGCUGACUUCGAUGAAAAUGACAGCCCUGUACCAGACAAAUUCAAGAGAAGGGCUUCUUUGAGUUCUCUCAAUACCAUCCGUAUGUCUCUAAGGAAGCGAAUACCAUUAAAACAAGUAGAGCUGAAUUUCCAUGAGACCCCAACUUGGGAAAGUAUGGAAGCAAGAGGAAAGUGCCAAACUCUCCGGAGUAUUACAAGAACAGCAAGAAAUGCUUUUAGAAUGGUGUCCCAGAAAAUACAGAAGACUCGCCAAAACCCAAUACACUCGAUUAUGGCCUUUCCAGAUGAAUCCGUUGGUAGGAGAAGCCAUGCAACCAGUUCUUCCAAGAAAAGAAGUACUAUGCCUCAAAUCCCUUGCCAUAAUGAGGAUAGUGUUACUCCAGCAGCCAGUUCCAUGGACACCCCAAGAUCCAGCAAAAGAGCCUCGCUUGGGCCAACAACGGUGUCAGAACAUAGAGAAUGGAGGGGUUUCCCAUCCUGGCAUGGUGAAGAUGCUGUCCCACUCCGGAGAUCAAGAAGAGCAGCAGCGCUUAAGAGCCCCUAUUCAUCACCUGCUCCUGCCAGCAGAAUGAUAGAGUUUGAGAGUGAGUUGGAACUGGUCUCCUCAGGGAUUCGCCAACUGAAGCACCUCUCUCAGGCACUUGAUGAUGGUAUUGUACAAGAUGAGAGGCAGCAUGCGAUAUCAAACUACUACUGUCAAAUGGCACAAAACUUGCAGUCUGUACAUCGAUCUCAGAAAUUUUCUCAGGCUAUCAGAAGGCAAGCAAAGAAACUGUUGAGCAGUUGGUACCUGGACAGAGGUGGCUAUAAGUAG